ACAGCGGCGUUGACAGGAAAGCGGCUCUUCAGCGGGAGCUCACCGUGAGAAUGCUCGUGCGGUCCUGUGAUAAACAUAAUGGAGCUCUGUCAUGAGGCUCGUGCGUAGGCCAAACAGUAUGAACCCAAAACGCGGCGGGAAUUCCCUUCACUCGACACACUUUUGUACGCCCACAUGGACAUUUUCAUAGCCUCACUUCAACAAACUUCCUCAAAUAUGCCGUUAAGCCAUACUUCCUCUCUUAGCGGUGCACUCACUUCCUACAUAGUUCAAUAACCACAUCCACAGCGCAGAGAGGCUGACUGUGUUUUCGGAGGGAUCCGCUACUCGCGUUCGGAAAUACGAGUCUACAGAAAGAGCAUGUUCGAUUGCUGAAGAUUAAAGUGCUCCGUCCCCUCCCAGCAUGCAGAGCAUUAAGUGUGUGGUGGUGGGCGAUGGUGCGGUGGGAAAGACCUGCCUGCUCAUCUCUUACACCACCGGAGCCUUCCCCAAAGAGUACAUCCCCACCGUCUUCGACAACUACAGCUCGCAGGUGACCGUGGAUGGCCGGGCCAUCAGCCUCAACCUGUGGGACACGGCGGGUCAAGAGGAAUACGACCGCCUGCGCACACUCUCCUACCCGCAGACCAACGUCUUCGUGAUCUGCUUCUCCAUCUCCAGCCCGCCCUCCUAUGAGAAUGUCAAGCACAAAUGGCAUCCUGAGGUCACGCACCACUGCCCCAAUGUGCCCAUCCUGUUAGUGGGCACCAAGAGUGACCUCCGUAACGACCCGGAGCUGCAGAAGAAGCUGAAGGAGCAGAACCAGGCACCCAUCACAGGGCAGCAGGGCCAGGCGCUGGCCCGCCAGAUCCACGCCAUCAAAUACAUGGAGUGCUCAGCGCUCAACCAGGAUGGCAUCAAGGACGUGUUCGCCGAGGCCGUUCGCGCCUUCCUCAACCCCCAGCCUGCUGUGUCUAAAAAACCCUGCGUACUCCUCUGAGAAUAGAGAGAGAGAGAGAGAGAGAGAGAGAGAGUAUAGCCUUAUUUUGAAUUACACAGAGAUUUAUAUGCUAAUGUUAUAAUAGGAAAUGUAAGCCGAAUCUAAAAGAAUCGAAGUCCUGUGAAAACACAGAAACAUAUCGCCGCUGUUGUAAGAAAACCUUGUCUCCUUGAAAUGGUAACUUUAUAGGACAAUGUUCUUAAGACAGUGUUCUUAAAGAAACAAUUUGGAGGAAGAUCUAAUUCGCACAAUUUUUCCACUCCCAAAAUGUAGUCGAGCAGCCAAGUUUGGUGUUCAGCUUUUGUUUCUUUAGUUUAGAACUGGAGCUACGAGAUUACGAGGCUAACAUUGCUAACAAAACUACAAGUCAAUAGACACCCAAAUCUUUUCUGUAAAUACAUGCCCAAAACUUCCCUAAACUCAUAUAAACUGCAUCCAGGUCUUAAGUAAGGUCAGGCAGACUGUCAGUGUGGUGUAGGGUACAGUAUGACUUACUGUGAACUAUAAAAAUGGAUGCAUUUGUGGAAAUGAGUUGGGUGUCUGUUGACUUCUAGUGUUUGUUAGUAAUGUUAGCUCUAGUUCCAAACUAAAGAAGCAAAAUUUGGACACCAAACAUGUCUUGGCUGAUCGUCUACAUCUGGGGUAAGUGGAAAUUUGUCAAAAUUAGAUUUUUGAUAAUUCCUUCAAUUUAGCAUCUGUAUAUAUAGCCAGUAGAGCUCAGGACAUUUUAUUCCAAGUAAUUUUGGGCCAUUUCUAUUUACCCACUUCUCAUGUAAUGUUUCUGCAAUAUAAAGGGCAGCUGGUGUUUUCAAUGGUUUAAAAAUAAAAAAACAAAACAAAUAAUAUGUAGUUACGAAGUUUCCUUCUAACAGCGACGAUAUACUGUAGAAAUGGAGUAAACUAGCAAGGCAAGAGAAAUGUACUCUUUAAGUGAAAAUGGCAAUAAAUACUGUACCCCCAAAGACACGAACUGAUAAACAAAUAGAUAGAUAGACAGACAGACAGACAGACAGACAGAUAGAUGGAUAGAACAGUACAUGCCAAAUGUGAAGGCAAUUUGAAUCACAUUCUUUGACAGUCUCUUUUAAUGGAAUACAGAAUAAUAUUGUGACAUCUAUGAUUUAGCUGUAGAUACCUGUGGAUUUCAUGACCUCAUGAAAUAGCCGUGUGCCUUGUUUUGAAACAUAUCUGAGAAAUACAUACUCCUUCAAAAUAAAUAAAAUAACAUUUAUAAAGUGCAGGUUCGAGCAGCUUUAAUGAAUGAAGUCCCAUUAAUCCUAUGCGGUUUAUUGAUUUUUAUCAAAGAGGCAUCUGAGAUUGUACUUAGUUUAGUCUAAUAUUUAUGACAAAGUUUUUACGUGCCUCAAGUGUUUGUUCAGCUCUGGGGUUACAUCCCUAGCAGAGCAGGCUUCCAGUGCAUUCAUUGUCUGUGGUCAUUUAACUUCUGCUGGAGAUAGACGUCAGAUUUCAGCAAGUCUGUAAGUACGUCAGUGGCUUUAGCAAUUUCUGGUUGGAACCUGCAGUUUUGCAUUAACCACACUACUUCCUUAUGGUGGGGGAAACAGCAUCUUGGCAGCCCAUUCAGGAAGCAGAGGCUCCAGCAUGCAUCACACUCCAUUCUACACACUCACUGUUUCCCCACAAGUCUGGGUGGAGCUUAGCUGUGAAGCAGCUAGAAUUAGAAAAGCUCUCUCGUUUUCAGAUCUUGACUGAUUUGGAAUUAGCUCACAGUAUCACUGCAGGCUAAUCGAGGCCACACUUGUGCGUCCUAAGGUAGUUUUAUUUAUUUAACAAUGCUUUAAAAACCCUGAGAAACUUUAUUACCUGUUCACUCAUAAAAUAAAGGUUCCUAAAUGGUUCAUGGCUUGGAUGCAUGGCUUAAAAACAUUAAUAUAACAUAACUUUUAUAUUGUAUGGAGGUUCUUUGCACUCAUACAUCUCAUUUACUAAAAUGGUUCUUCAAGAGCUAUGCCAAAAGGAACUAGAAGUUAUUUCAUGGCAUCACUGCAAAGAACCCCUUUUUGGGACCUUUAUUUUUAAGAGUGUUUGUGAACUGAUGUGGGAAGGUUUUUGAGUCCAUUAUAUAUGAACAGUAAUGAUAUAAAUUAGAGGUGGGCAAUAUGAUGAUAUUUAUAGUUAGAAAUCAUAUCACAUAAUGCUUUUUCCAAGCAUAUUGUCAAUAUUGUUAGUAAAUUGUUUAAUUGUUUAAAUGUUUAAUUGAAUUUAGAGCAGUGUGAGAUGUUGAAUAACAAUCACUCUAUACAGUUUUAGAUGUGAAGUGUUUUCCUGUGGCACCUUUUUUUUUGUCUGUUUCAACUCAUCAAACCUCAGAAAAACUAAAUAUCACGAUGGAUGUUAUGUAUCAAGAAAAUGUCAACUUGUCAACUGUGAUGUUAUGUUUUUUUGCCAUAUUGCCCACCUCUUCUUUAAAUGCAGUGUUUAAGCAUGUUUCAUCAAGUUACUGACAAAUGUUCACUGCUUGAGCUGUGUCUAUGAAUUUGAAGCUACAAACAUGUCUCCAAAUCAACUUUUCAGCAAAUGAAGUGGCAGGCUUCUUCUAAAAAUGAGUGUACUUUUUGUGGACGGACAAAAUAAAGCUCUGAGUGACUUGCAGAAUAGCCAUUAUUUGCAGAAUUGAAAAAUCCUAAGAACAUGCCAGCAUGACUUUGUGAAUUUUGAUUGAAUAGUUUGAGCUGAAUCUGAUAAUAUUACAUCAGAUUCUGUAUCUGCCUCUGACUCUACAUUUAAUGGAUGAAUAUCUUGCCUUUGAAACGGUGUAUAGAAGACAGAGUGCACGCCACUGUUUGUUUAACAUUUCAAAGCAUGAAGUAAAUAAUAGAACUCAUACCGAGAGAAUUCCACUUAACUAGAGUGGCCCUUUAGCAGCUGUUUUUCUCUGGCUUAUUUUUAUAUGCUUGUUGUUUUGUUAAUCUGUUUAUUUACAUUGCUAAGGUACCAUGCUCAAAUGAAUCGAUUUUUUUAGCUGAUCGAAAUAUGUCAUGGUGUCAAAUGCAGUAAGAAUGUACAAUGGUGAUUGUCCUUUAGACACUGAACCAAUAUUAGACACUGCGUCCAAUAUUAGGUGAAAUUCAAUGUCUGGGAAAUUAUGCAUAACUGAAACAUAUUUAGAAUACCUACGUGUACAUGUAAAGAAGAUGCAAGUUGAAAGCAUGCGCAAGGGUGAAUCUGCUCUAUAUAAUGCAUUUACAUAGUUAUUUCCUGAAUUUUUAGUUGUUGUAUGCUUAAUACAUGUUGCCCAACCCAGACACAAUAAGGUUUUACAUCAUUGUAAUUGCUCCCGAAUGUAUGGAGCACUGAAGACAAAAGGCCCUCAGUCCGUGAAGCCGGACACAGAACAAACUUGUGUCACUGAUAAACAAUCCAGCCUUAGCAGCUAAGAAAAGCUCGUCUUUUCCUCAGGCAGUGACCACGGCAUGUUGUGGUGUUCCAUGGGAAGUAAUCCUCCUCCUGGAAACAGAGCAGGGAAGGGUUUACGUUUCCACACACUUCCGCCCCGAUCCGCUCACCCUCCACAACAACUCCACGCCUGGCCUGCCUCAACUGCAAUGCCUAUACAACUUACUCUGAUCAUUUAUAUUACCAAAGUAUGCCACGUCAGAGGCACUUUUGUCAUUUUAACUCUCAUUUCCCCCAUCGUCUGUUGAAGCUUUAAUGUGAAUUACAUGUACAGUGUUUAACUGUUUGUAAUUUAUUCACCUUAAUUUUUGAUGAAUUCCUGUUUAAAAUGUCUUUUAAUGCAAAUAAAUUGAACACGGCUUUGA